GGUUGAAGACCCGGACAAAAUCUAAUCUGAAGUCGUGAAUCUUGACCAGCGCCGCCUCGCGCUGCAAACCCAACGGGCGCCAGAUCAAGAAAUUCUCGUCCUCUUCCCGUCGCCUCCCCUGCUCUCCUUCUUGUCCCCCCGUCUGCCCCGAAAGCUUUCCCGAACCGUGGAGCUCGAACUAUAUCGAAAGAAAUGGCGCUUCGAUUCGAUGUCUCCUUCUCUCACCACCUCCCCAACGUCCUCCCUUCCCGCUCGAAAUCCAAAGCAUCCUCUCCAUUCCCCUCGGUUCCCUUGCCGUCUCGAUCGCGGCUCCCCCUCUCCCACCGUCUGCCCGCAGGUGUAGUAUCCGUGACGAAGGAUGGAAUCGCUUUGAAUCGGAAUAAGAAUCAAAAUUGGGUUAGAUGUUGUGCGAAAAGGGUACAAGAAAGCGAGGGUGGAGCUGUGAAAGAGAAGAGCGUUUCCGUGGUGCUUUUAGCGGGAGGAAAGGGAAAGCGGAUGGGAGCAAGCAUGCCAAAGCAAUAUCUUCCACUUUUAGGACAACCAAUUGCAUUGUAUAGUUUCUACACUUUCUCACAAAUAAGUGAAGUAAAAGAAAUAGUCGUUGUAUGUGAUCCAUCUUAUAAGGAUGUAUUUGAAGGUGCUAGUGAGGAGAUACAAGUAGGUAUUAAGUUUGCACUUCCAGGGAAGGAGAGACAAGAUUCUGUUUUCAAUGGAUUUCAGGAAAUUGAGGGAAGCUCAGAACUUGUAUGCAUCCAUGAUUCUGCGAGGCCUCUUGUUACGUCUGGAGAUAUUAAAAAGGUCCUGAAAGAUGCUUGGCUGAAUGGGGCAGCUGUUCUUGGUGUUCCUGUGAAGGCUACCAUAAAAGAGGCCAACAGUGACUCUUUUGUGGUAAAAACCCUUGACAGGAAAACUCUUUGGGAAAUGCAUACUCCACAGGUUAUCAAGCCCCAUUUGCUCAGAGAUGGUUUUGAGCUUGUCAACAGGAAUGGUCUUGAAGUCACUGAUGACGUGUCUAUUGUGGAGCACCUCAAACAUCCUGUUUAUAUCACAGAGGGUUCUUAUACAAACAUCAAGGUUACAACUCCAGAUGAUCUAUUGCUGGCAGAACGAAUAUUGAAUAUGAGAGUGGGUGUACCUUUGUAAUCAUUUUUUCAACAUCUUCUCAAAAUUCCUUCUAUACACAGAGAAAGGCCUCUUCCAUUUUUUUUAUCCUACUAGGAUGUCCUGAAGCGAUUUGAACUCUGCAAUUUCCAUAAGUUAAGAGCUAUUGACUUGAUUCUGCUUUGUUUCCAUGUGGUUUCCUUCUUGAUGAUUAUAACCAAAGUUUCACCAUGUUCUGUAAACAAUACUUUGUUCUUUGAAGCAUCAGCAGGCUUCUAUCAUA